AUGGCUGGAAUGAUAUUAAAGCUCGCGCGCAUGAACGACUUGGUCACAAAGGAAUCCGAAAUGCUGAAAGACUGCUUAAGGGGGCUGCUUGACUGGCUUCCGCCAGGAGGAAGAGACUCCAUCGCGCACGAAAUUCUCGAUGCAGAAUCUGACGAGAAGCUCCUGGCUACCUAUGAGAAUAUUCUUAUUUGUCUACUCCAACCGAUUAAAGCGUCUGGUGGAAAAACACCUACCCCCGUUGACUCACCGCAUCAAAAAAGACGUGAGGAUGCUCAAGCGGUGUAUGAGGUGAUUGAAGAACCGCAAGUUCGAGAUAUGAAUUUCCGCAAUGGCUGUCUCGAACGUGAUAGAUAUCGUUGUGUGGUGACAAAAGCCAUAUCGUUCAACGAGGCGGAAGAAACGGAGUCGGCGGACGAUGUUCUACAGGGGGAUCUCGAAGCUGCGCAUAUCAUUCCCUGGUCAUUUGCAAGCUACGACCCCAUGAAAGGUGCAAGCGUCGUUUCGAACAUGUGGGAAACCCUUUACCAAUGUUUCCCUGAGAUACGCGCAAUUAUGCGAAACUCCAGAAUCAAUGAGAUCGAGACUGGCCUCACGCUUCACAAUUCUAUCCACCGCGCCUUCGGUCGCUUCCGAUGUGCCUUCGAGCCGAUCGCCAACGCUCCGCAUACGUACAACUUCGUCACCUUCAAGCGCUUCCCCACCGAGAUGAAGCCAUUCCUCCCCCAUCAGGUCACUUUCGUAGAUGCAUCCCAGCCUGAGUCAGAGUCUUGUCUUCCACACCCGGUCUUGUUAGACUGUCACUAUCGACUUGCGAAAUUUUUCCACGCGAGUGGGAUGGGUGUGGUUAUUGACAAGACUCUUGACCAUUUAAAGGAAAUUAAGACUGGUUCAUUCUUACCUCGUGAUGGUACUAAUGAUCUGGGGUCUCUGCUUCGAUACGGAAACUGGCAAUCUGUCACAAUCUAA